GAAUAAUUUACUGGCACUAAAUUUAUCCUCCCCCCCUCUCCCCAAGCUUCAGCUCAGAGCACUCGCUGGCCAUGGCGAUUCCAACGAUCAGAGGAGCUUCUCUUGUUCGUGUCCCUCUCCUCCUCAAUCACGCUCAGCUUCCUGCUGUGAGAAGGAAGAUUCGAUUGAAGAAGCUCGGCGGACGCUCAAGUGGAGUUGCUGUGUUCGCUCGCUAUUCUCAGGCCUCAGAUUUUUCUACUCGUAUGCAAGACAGCAUUGGCGACUUACCGAAGCUGGUGGAAGACAUUAUCCAGACGUCAAUAAAGACAGGACCUAGGGGUGCAAUAAGACUAGCUCAAGGCGUACAAGCUGUUCUUGGGGUCGGUGGGGAGUGGCUUAGUGACUUGUCAAAGGUAUUGAGAGAAAACAAUUCUUCUUUUGCAACAUUGCCAACCGAAUUGCAGCUUGGAUUACUUUCUCCCAUUUAUCUCCGGAGACUGUUUGAACGUAUGGGGGCAACAUACAUUAAGUUAGGUCAGUUCAUAGCAUCUGCACCGACAUUAUUCCCUGCAGAAUAUGUUCAGGAAUUUCAGAAUUGUUUUGAUCGGGCACCAGCUGUUCCUUUUAGUGAAAUUGAGGCAAUACUACGCGAGGAACUAGGAAGGCCAUUGGAAACUGUCUACGAUUAUAUUGAUCCCAUGCCAAUUGCCUCUGCAUCAAUUGCUCAGGUUCAUAGCGCUAGACUGAAAAGCUCACAACAAGAAGUGGUGAUAAAGGUCUUAAAGCCUGGUAUAGAAGAUGUAUUAGUUGCAGAUCUGAACUUUGUCUAUAUUGUUGCACGCCUUUUGGAGUUCCUAAACCCUGAGCUUCGAAGAACAUCGUUGGUAGGCGUUGUUGGAGAUAUAAGAGAAUCAAUGCUUGAAGAGGUAGAUUUCCAAAAAGAGGCUGUAAAUAUUGAGACUUUCCGGAGAUAUUUAGAGACCAUGGGACUUGAGGGACAAGCAAAGGCGCCAAAAGUCUAUCACCAUUGCAGCUCUAGACGAAUAUUGACAAUGGAGAGGCUUUAUGGAGUUCCUCUCACUGAUCUUGAUUCUAUAAGAUCACUUGUUCCUGAUCCUGAGACAGCUCUUGUAACUGCACUUAAUGUCUGGUUUGGAAGCUUGAUUGCAUGUGACACCUUUCAUGCAGAUGUCCAUGCAGGGAACCUAUGGUUGCUUCGUGAUGGCAAGAUCGGGUUUCUUGAUUUUGGAAUUGUUGGACGAAUAUCUCCAAAAACAUGGGCCGCUAUGGAGAUUUUUUUGGCAUCCUUUGCAAGUGAAGAUUAUGAUUCUAUGGCAUCUGCCUUGAUUGAAAUGGGUGCUACAGAAAAGAAUGUAGAUUCUAAGGCCUUUGCCAGAGACUUGCAAAAUGUUUUCUCCUCAAUAAAGGAUCUAGACACAGAAAUUGUUGUUGCAACUGCGAGAGGACCAAAUGCAGCUGCUGUCUCUGCUAAUGUAGUUGUGGAUGAGAACCAGAUGAAUGCCCUAUUUCUUGAUUUGGUUCGUGUCAGCGAAUCAUAUGGAUUAAAGUUUCCAAGGGAGUUUGCACUCCUUAUAAAGCAACUUCUAUAUUUUGAUCGCUAUACUCGAUUAUUAGCGCCUAACAUGAACAUGCUCCAGGAUCAAAGGAUCACUGUUGUCUCCAAUCGCAGAAGGAUGAGGGGCAUGAAGCGGUAUCAGUGAGAUUCUGAAUUCUAUACUGUAUCUAUAUAAAUUUUCACACAGUGACUAGUCUUUUUUCUUCUUAUUAUUAUUAUUAUUAUUAUUAUUAUUAUUUGUAUAUAUAAGUAACUGUUCGAUUGUUAGAGCCCUUGUAUCUGUGUCAUACGAGAUAUUAAAGAUGAAAAAUGUUUAUAGUAUCAAGAAUAUAGUUAUGUCA